GUUCGUGAUGAAAGUUCCAUAAUAUUUUGAUUUUUUAUGUGUUGUUCAAAAUGAACGUCGAACUAAUAGGUGAAGGAAUUAAAACGUUGUAUAUCAUCAAGAAGAAUCCUGCCGAAUCUGAGGCUGAUGUUCCUUUAUCUUCUGAUGGAGAAAUAGAAGACGACAAACCAUUGUCUCAUGAAGAAUUCGGAGUAAACUGUUUGGAGAAAUCUUUUGGAACAAAUUACUUUCCAUUCAGCUACUAUAGACAUGAUGACGAAGACCUCACAUCAUCAGAUUUUAGCCCCGAAUUGGAUUUGAAUACAGUUCAGGAAUCUUUGAAGUAUGAUCUUGAAAAAGAUAGUAAAUCAGAUGAAGAAUAUCGCAAUAGUGUAUGGCAUCGUCUGAGUACUUUGAUGGAGGGGGAUUAUGUUGAACAGUUGAAAGCAAUAUUCCGGAAAAAACGUCCAACAUUCCAAUUAGAAACGACCUUGGAACUUCUAAAUUAUUUAUUACUAGCAGAUAUCAGGAUCCUGAUUUAUGGCGUCAUUUCCUUGGCUGAUGUCCUGCAAUACUUGGAGGAAAAUCCGGUGCAACUGAUGGAUCCAGCGUUUUCAGCUUUUAGGAAGACGAUGCAGAUCAUCAUGAGGAAUUGCGAUUUCCUAGAAGAUAGUGAGAGAAUAAAAAUACUUCUCUUAUUGAAUAGAGAUAGAACUAUUAUCGAGAAGUUGGAACUACGUGCUACCAAGCAUUUUAUAGUCAAUCUGCUUACUUUUACUCCUAAAUUUUGUUCUGUCCCUGAAGGGGUUUCCUUUGAAGAAAUACUUCAAAUUAUUCAUGGAAUUUAUCUCGAAUAUAUGCAUAAGUCAGACAUCAUUGAAGGUAUCACUUCACUAGAAACGACUAAUGUAUUACACAAGGUACUGAGGAAUACCAAUGCAAUAAUACCAGUGAAGCACUGUGUGAUGGAGAUUUUGUCGAUCAUUUGUGCCAACAACAUGCAAGCAGCUUCAAACCUAUUAGGAAAUAAUAUACAUCUAACACUUAUUGAUCUGGAUCAACAAUAUAAAUUCAAGAUAGAGGCAGUGAAGAUGCAUCUCGUAACCCUUAUUUGGUCACUUCUUCCAUGUUUAUCAAGAAUAUACCUCUUCAAAUUAAAUGAUGAUGUCCGUGAAGAGACCUUCAAAACUGCAAAUGUUAUUAAAAUGGCGGUAUGGCAUAUUGGAGUAAAAAAAGAUAGUCGGGUUCCAUUCAUUCCCCGAUUGAAUUAUCUUAUCGAGCAAUCUUACAGAGAAAAUGUGAAGGAAUUCACUUAUUAUGACGACGAAGAAAUGAAAACUCUUGACUUUACUCGUAUGUGUAUCAUAGAUGAGUCAACGGCAAAGGGACUGCCAGUAUCUCGUGAAGAGAUUGAAAUUCACAGACCACUAUUCCUGAAGAAAAGCAGAAAACUUGAAGGAUUUCAUUUCAAAAAUCGUGAUUUUAUUGAUUUUUCCUAUAAAUUUCUUACGAGGAGGUUCUCUCUAACCUUAUAUAAACAAGAAAAAUACUAUUGUAUGGAAGCGUUGUUGUCUGUUUUAGAGUUAAUGAACUAUGAACAACACGAUAAGCUCUUGUGCUGUGCAGAACCUGAAGAAUAUGUUUGGAGAGCUGACCAAUUAGUUCAAAUAAUGGUGACACUACUAAAACAACAUCCAAUGUAUUGUCAAAUGUUCGCAGUUCAGACCCUAUCAUAUCUAGCAUAUGCUCAUGGUUUGUCCUAUGAAAAAAUUUUUGAUGUGUAUGGAAUAGGAAUAUUAUUAAAAAAAUUCAGUGAAGAGAAGGAACAGUUAAAGAGAAUCCACGUUAGCGGAAUGGAAAGACUUUCUUCAUUGGAAUACGAAUUCGUAAAUUGGACAAUAAAUCAAGUGGAAGAAUAUACCAAAUAUUAUAACCUGGGAAAUACACGUUAUCCGAAUUACGUUGGAAGCAAUAUAUCGAAUAGUUAUGGGGGAUUAACGGAAACAAAACAAGAAUUGGAAUAUUAUAAGGCGUCGUUUUUCGACGAAGUAACAUCUGAUAUUCUAAAGCGUCGGUCCGAAGCUAUAAAAUACUUCAUAUGGUAUUUAACUGGGCCGACUGAAAGUGAUCACAGAAUUUGUAGAAUGCGAGUUUUCCUUGAUGUGUUCUUUGGUAUUCCUGUGCAACCACAAGGUCAGGAAUUCAAUUUCAACAGUCUACUUUUCAAGGCAAUGGUAAAAAAACUUCAUUACUAUUUGAUUGAUCAUGAGGAUAAGUAUUUCCCGAAUUUUGAAAAAAUUUUUCGAAUAGGUAUUAACACCUUCGGGAAGAUAGGAGAUAGGGUAUUUAUUCCGAUAUUAGUUCGAUGUUCUCCACCAAAUCGAGAUGUAGAGUUGAAUGUUCGGCCGUUUAUGACAAUUCAAAACUUGCUGCAGUUCAUGUACAAUGAAUCGUGUCAUCAUCCCAAUAAAAGGUUUGCUACCAAAUUUACACUUUCAUUCAAUGGCAUCGUACUUUCUCCCCAGAUGACAAUUUAUGAGGUAAUCAGGAAAUAUGCCAUUAUUCGUAAAGGUGCUUUCAAUCAAAAAAAUGUAUUCCUUUAUCGACAAUAUGAAGCGCCUCUCCCGUCGAAUGAAGAAAAUAAUCUAGACCUCAAUGAAGAGUUUAUGAAACACACAUAUGUGUUGGAAAAUUAUCUGCAACCUAGAUCAUCAGAAUGCGAAGAAUUGACGGAAGAGGUUAAAAAUGCUCUGCACCUUUCAAAUAUACUAUAUGGCAUCAACAAACAUUGGACUACGGCCUACGAACAUAUUCAACAUCAGAAUGUCUUGAUUGAUCCUAGAUAUUUUACGAAUGAGGAUUUGACAGAAAGUGUGUUCCACCGUUUGUUAGAUCCCUUUGCAGCCUUAAUUGGCAAAUAUCCUCCUUGGAUCAAAUACAUAGUCGACAAUUGCCCAUUCGUUUUCCCCCUGAGAAUGAGAAGAUUAGUGUUCAAAGUUCUGAGCUUGGACAGAAUCAGAGCGUUGUACAGUAUCCUAGGGCAAUACAGUAAAUACAGUUCAUCGGUGGUCAUCUACGAACGGCAUACUAGGCCACUGAUGGUUGAUAGAAGUAAUAUGGUGAACGAUGUGAAAGAGUAUUUGCUGCAUACGAGACCCUCUAGUUUUUUGAAGGUAAUUUUCAAAAAUGAAAUAGGUGAAGGUAGAGGUUUAAUCACAGAACUCUUCAAUUCGAUCGGCAAGGAACUGCAAAAAGACAAAUAUAACAUUUGGACUUCCACCGAAGAAACCCUAAAUGGAUUCGUUCAGUUCAACGAAGGGUUAUAUCCAAAACUGGAAUUCUGCUCCCAUUUGGACUUUUACGACGAGAGCUCUUCCAAUGGAGCUGAUAUAUUCAUCACCAUUGGUGCAAUUAUGGCGAAGGCUUUAAUGGAAUUCUCUUUGUUUGAAUUGCCAUUAGCAACCCCAAUAUUUAAAUACUUGCUGAAUAAACAAUGUCUAAAUUUCGAUGAUCUGAAAUAUGUGCAUCCUGCAGUCCACAAGGUAUUGGGAUAUAUAAGACAAUUGAUUACAGAACGUGAGAAAAUUUUAGACGACAACGAACUGACAGAUUCCGAAAAGUCAUCUUUAAUAAAGGAUCUGACUAUAAAUGGAGAUAGCCUUGAAUCUUAUAACCUGAACUUCGUUUUUCCGGGUCAUGAGGAAAUUGAAUUGAUCCCUGAUGGAGCGAAUACAUCAGUUGACAUCAUGAAUGCUCAUAUCUAUGUAGAUGCUAUCAUGAAGAAAUUGUUCGUUGGCGUACAGAAACAGAUGAGCGCCUUGAAGUGGGGGUUUGAUCACGUAAUAAAAUUAAGUAAACUCAACAUGUUCGAGCCAGAAGAAUUAAAACACAUCAUUUUUGGAAAGGAAGAUGACACUUCCUAUUGGACUUACGAAAAUUUGAUAAAAUACGUGCAAUUAGAAGAUUGCACCGUAGAUGAUAUUGAAAUACAACACCUUUUCGGUAUAUUAUCCUCUGCCAAGAAAGAAACGAGAAGAAACUUCUUGGAAUUCGUGACCGGCCGUUCGCGUUUGCCAAUGGGUGGUUUUGCAGUAUUAAAUCCACCAUUGACGAUUUACAUUUAUGAAGGUUAUCCUGCGGCGCACACUUGUUUUCACCGGUUUGAUUUGAAACGAGGCAUGGUCCAUUGUGAAUUGAAGAAAUUCAUCGAGGACAUAAUUCCUGAAUCGCUAAACUACUUUGGCUUGGUCUGAUGUUGAUAGCGCUAACAUGGAAGAAGUACGCAUAUAUAUGACUUCAACCCUUGUGGUCAGAGAAAAUAUAUAUACCAAACAAGGAAUACUUUUUAAGGAAAUAUUGGUGCGAAAAGAAUUUUAAAAUCCAUUUGUCGGCAGUGUGAUUAUGCCCAAAUUUAUUUAUUUUAUUAUAUUUUACUAUGUAUGGUUAUUUUAUUAAAUAUUUAAGAAUAGUUUUUCGAUAUUUAUGUUAUAAAGGGUGUUUUUUUAGAGCUAUAGAACUUUA